AUGACGGCAAUGGACUGCACAGAGACUUUCCAAUCCUUGUGCGCCAAGAUUGGGGUAGUUGAUCCGAUUAUAAAAGCCUUGGAGUCCCGCGGAUUUACAACCCCAGCAAAAUUCUUUUGGCCAUUGAAAGAAGGCUCCGAGGAGACUUUUGGUGCAAUUUUAGAUGAAGCACAGAUAGACAUCAAGGCAGCUGCAUCCAUGCUUCAGUCUGCAGAAGCCGGGUGUUUGCGCCGGCUUUUGCAUGAGUGCCGCACAAUCUGCGAUGGCCCGCCAAGUGUAGCAGCACAGGCAGCACCUGCCGUACCUGCCAAAGUAUCUUCCAAUCUGUUUGGCUUCGAUGUUGGCCCGCGACUCACAAGUGAUGCUCUGCAAAAAUUGUGGUCGGAUUUCACGAAAAAUUAUCCGGCAGAAGUGAUCGUGGGCGAUACCAGACCUUGCAAGGCGUUGGUUCAGAUGGUCUUUGCGCAAAAAGCGGCCAAUGAGCUCCGUUUCAUUCCAUGGCGGCAGAUUCUCAGUGAAGCGCAAGCGGAUCGCGCCAAACAAGCGGGGAACAAGGAGAAGACCUUUCUUGAUGUGCUGGCUGAUGCUGCGGGACAUGUCAACGCAUUGGAGCAAGACCCGUCGCCGCCUUCUCAUUGUGGUGUUCAGCGUUUGCUUUUAUUACGUUCAGUAGCAUGGGCAUUCGUAGGUUGGUGCCACCUUGGUGCAGGUCGACGAUUGGUGCAGGCAUUCAUGGGGCUGUAUGCCGCUCCUGGUUUGGGGUCACUGGGUCUUCGAUCCCCAACUCUGGCCGAAGCAGAACAUGAAGAUGGCGAAUUGCGUCGUCAACUCAAUGCCUUACUGAGUGAUGGAUUCCAUUUUGAUUCCGCUCUUCAUGAAGUGGUGGUGGUGCGCCACAGCUUGCAAAUGUGGCUGCAACCCAAACCCAAGGUGGUCAAUGCAGAAUCGGUGAUCAGUGCCAAGGGGCCCAAGCGCACCUUGCCGCAGCCGCUUGUUGAUGCCAAGAGUUCGGUGGUGGAUGCGAGCAAUGAUUCUUGCGAGUUGCCUGCGUUGACGCCCCAUGAGGUGGUAGCCCCUUCGCCCCACGCCGCGCCGGUAUCAAUGGCCGCGCCUUUUCCCAUCGCUGCGUGGUCUGCAUUAGCUGCUUGUUUCGAUGACAAGGAUGCCUUGCUUCCCCCACUUUUGGAGCGCGGUGUACCCACAGGUGUAGUCUCUCCAAUUCCAUUUUCAGGUAUUUGGGAGCCGUCUGAGCCUGCCCCUAACCUUGGUUUAGAUGACCUGUCAAUUCAUUUACAGCCUUGGCGCAGUGGUUUAGACCGUGAAGACCUUACUCUGGAGCUAAUGCUGAAGGAUGUGGCAGCAAGUCAUGCCUAUGAACUGAUUGGAGGGGAGGCGGAAGCGCGACAGCGGUGGGGUGAUCUGGUUGCCGCGGGCAAGUUAGGAAUAGCACAGCCACCUGGAAAGAAACCACGUCUCAUCGGGGAUGGGACGAUUUCGGGAGCAAACCAUCAUUGUGUCAUUGAGGAGAAGGUGCGCCUACCAACCUUUGAGAGCGUCCAGCGCUUCAUGUCAUUAUCUGGUCCCGAUGUUCAAUGGGGGGCUUUGAGUUUUGAUGUGAGAGGGGCACAUAAAUUGGUCAAUGUGUCUCCUGCUGAACAGGGCCUUUCCUGCUUCGUUGUCCAAGGAGUUCCGCUGUCGUGGGAGAAGGUGCGUAUGGGAGGUCUACAGCCGUGGAUUGGUUGGUCUUUUCAUUGGGGUCGUGGCUUUGCGGAACUACCAGACAACAAGCGACAAACCUUGUUAGGAUUGCUCACGGAACUGACAACACCCGGUCGCAAGGUACCCCGCAAGACUGUGGAGCGCUGCAUAGGCAUGUUGGUGUGGUUCUGUGGUGGGGCCUACUGGUUGGCAGUGGAAAACCAAGUUCGCAUUCCUUUGCGCGUUUUGGAGCCCGGGCGUGUGCGGAGUGCAGCUGACGCAUUUGCAACAGGACAGCGUGCAGGUGUAGGAGGUUGGUGGGCUGUCUCCGAAGAUGCGCUGCAACAGUCGAAGGUGUUUUGGUUUAGUGAGAUGCUAGACUCGACGUCUUUGCUUUCCUGGUUGUGUGCGAAAGAGACUUUGCAGCAGGAUAUUGCUUCCUUUGAAGGCGUUGCGCAGCUAUGUUUGCUUGUUGGACGGACAGCAGGUCAGGUUCCACCACCUGGUGUGACGCUGCGUUUCCACCAGCUUUGCGACAACAUGGGCACUGCCGCCAGCUUGCGGAAGAAAUUGUCUAUGCAAGUGCCGUUGUCUUAUGUUUUGCAGGCCGUGGGCUUUCAUUGCUGCAGAUUAGGCAUUUGUUUAGAUCCCCAGCAUGUGGCUGGUGUUCGAAAUCAAUGGGCCCACAACCUCAGCCGGAAUUGCCUAGAAGGCUUUGAUCCCGGUCGACGCGUUCGACUGAAUGUUCGAGAGUUGUUGGAGGAGCCUUGGUGUCGCUUUUCUUGA